GAAAAAAGAACAAAAAAAAAAGGAAGAUAUCCUAAUAUCUCUCUCCGUUUCUUUUUCUCUGUCGCUCGAAACCCUCGUUCUCAGCCCCUUCCUGCCGGCGAUACCCAAGCGAGCUACGACGAUCUUGGCSUCAACGAAACUCCAGCGGCACGCGCGAACCACGAUCGGCGAAGACCCGCGACUCCCUUCUCCGGCUACGUAUUCAUCUGUGAACUCGAUUCAUCACUAUUAUUCCGGUCUAUCUCUGUUGUCGCAUUGGUCAUUGCAGGUUGCCGAUUGAAUUCUCCUGCUAGAUUCAUACUGGAUUAUAUCCAUCAUCGAUUAGUAUUAGCUAUCGUGGAAUCAGCAGGGAUGUCUGAACUGGAAGAGAAGCUAGAUGAAAUUAAACCUUCAACAAGAAAUGAAGAUGAGUUGGUGGAAGGAGAUGAAGGAGAGGAGGAGGACCUUUCAUGGUCAUCAGACUCUGACAUUGGUGAUGCAUUGGACUGGUUGGAUGCGAAGGAAGAUGCUGAAGCAGUAGAUGGGGCCUUUUCACUUAAUGCUAGGCGUCCUAAUGCUCAUGGUGGACUCUAUUCUCGUCAUAAUUMUUCGACUCUUCAGCCUCUCUCAAAUCGGAACCAAAAGUAUUCCAAUCAUAUUCGAGCUUCCCCUCUUGAGGAAUGGGAAGGGAGGUUUAACGUCAGUAUGUCGAACUCUGUUACCACUGCUAUUCGUGGCAGUGUCAGGGAAAUGGCAAUAGGAAAAACAAAAACUACAGAAAAAGCUGAUCGUGCGACUGUUGAACAGGCAAUAGAUCCUAGAACUCGRAUGGUUCUAUUCAAGAUGCUCAACCGGGGUGUUUUUCAUGACAUCAAUGGCUGCAUUUCUACUGGAAAAGAGGCUAAUGUCUAUCAUGCAACAAAAUCUGAUGGUCAGGAAUUGGCUGUCAAAGUCUACAAAACUUCAGUUUUGGUGUUUAAGGAUAGGGAUCGCUAUGUCCAAGGUGACUACCGUUUCAGACAUGGAUAUUGCAAGCACAAUCCCAGGAAAAUGGUGAAGACAUGGGCUGAGAAGGAAAUGAGGAAUUUGUUGAGGUUAAAAGCUGCUGGAAUUAGAUGCCCGACUCCUCACCUCUUGAGACUGCAUGUGCUGGUCAUGGAGUUCAUUGGUACAGCUGGUUGGGCCGCACCUCGUCUUAAGGAUGCUGCCUUGUCGUUGAACAAGCUUCGUGAAAGUUAUUUGGAGAUAAUUAUUACAAUGCGGACUCUCUACCAGAAGUGCAAGUUAGUGCACGGAGAUCUUAGUGAAUAUAACAUACUUUAUUUUGAGGGUCACCUUUAUGUUAUAGAUGUUUCUCAAGCAGUUGAUCUUGACCACCCUCAUGCCCUCGACUUCCUUCGUGAGGACUGUCUUCAUGUUUCGGAUUUUUUUAAAAAACAUGGUGUAGCUGUAAUGACAAUACGAGAACUAUUCGAUUUUAUAGUUGAUCCAUGCCUCACUGAUGAUAUGAUUGAUAAUUAUCUGGGAGAGAUGCAACAAAAAAUCAUGGCAAGAGGAGAUAUAUCUGUGGAGGAUGAGAUUGCAGAUUCUGUAUUUGUGCAGUCAUAUAUUCCAAAGACACUGGAUGAUGUCAAACAUGCUGAGGAGGAUGUAAUACGUUUAACAAGUGGUCAAGACACUCAAGAUAUGUACUAUAAGACCAUUACAGGAUUAAAACAGGCCCUUCCUAGAGUCCAACCUGUGCCAGAGUUCAAAGAUGAGGAAGAACACAAUGCAURCCCUAAUGAACAAUCUGAUAAAGAAUCUGAAUCGACAUCAGAGGGAGAUGAAGAGAGCUCAAAUGAGUCUGAAGGAGGACCGGAUUCUUCAACUGAGACAACGCAGGCACCAGUUGACCGGAAAACUGCCAGAAAAGAGAACAAAAAGAAGGUGAAGGAAGAGAAGAGAGAGGCCCGGAAAAACAAGGUUCCAAAAGCUGUAAAGAAACGAAAGAAGAAGCUGGCCAAGUCCCACAAGUAGGAUGAAAAUUGGUUCAGUUAGGUCAGUUUUGAAGGUUGUCCAGCAGUAUUUGAACCGAACCAUGUGGGAAUUGAAGUAUGAAAGAUACUUGCAAUUUCUUUGGUUUGGUUCUGCAGUUUUGAUUUAUGUUUAUGAUGUUUUGUUUAGUUUUUAUUUAUUUUACUGUUUUGCGCUCAAGUUUCCAUUUAACACAAAAGAAAAUGGAGAUAAUAUGAUUUUGUUGAACUGAUUUAUGAGAAUUUGUUAUCGCA